CUCGGUAAUUUUUUAGCGAUAUGUUUUUGGUUUACUCCAUCUAUUCGAUUUGGUUUGCUUUGCUCGGUUUGUUUUAUUUGUUUCCCUGUGAGUCCGACUUUUUUGGCGAGAAGGCCGACUGCGGCAGCCACAACCUAGACGCUGCUGGGCGGAAACCGCUCCAAGCGUUUGCAUUAAUUGAAUGCAGCACACACCACCCGACGCGCUUUCAUGCAGGACGCGACGCGAGUUGAUCAACGUUCCAGAAGGCAAGAGAGAAACAAUGCAGCCCCGCUUGGAUAAUUUUAGGAGAAAGAGUAUGGUGGGGGAUAUGGGAGGACAGACGUGGUCGGCCGAAAAGAAAACAAACCACUGUUGGGGGGUGCUGUGUCAGGUAAACAAAUGAAG